AUGAUGAUGGAUGGCAAGUUUUGGAGGUAUAUAGCCACCGCUGGAGGGAUCUUUCUGGCAGCCAACGGGAUCCACGUGGAAGCAGCCAGUGCUCAGCAUUAUACCGACAGUGCGGUGGCGGCAAUCAAUGCCCUGAACCAGAAAUGGUACAAUGUGCAAACAGGCAUCUGGGAUGAUGCCUGGUGGAACAGCGCGAACUCUCUUACGACCUUGGCCGACUUUGCCUCGCUGAGACUGGCCGAAGCCAACAGACUCAAUCUUGGCGGAUACAUACGCAACACGUUUAUACAGGCACAAAAGACAAACGUCCAAACGAUAAAAGACGUGACCAAGAACGGCAUGGUUUCAUCGAGAUACUGCCUGGAUCACAAGGGCUGCAUGAGCAAGAGGGACUUUAUAGAAAAGCGAGGCUUUGCCCAUUUCAUCAACGAGUAUUACGAUGACGAGGGAUGGUGGGCUCUUGCUCUGAUAAGAUCGUUCGACGUUACCGGUGACUAUCAAUACCUCGAGGCUGCCAAAGACGUCUUUAACGAUAUGCAGACGGGACGAGGGACCAACUGCGGCGGCGGCAUCUACUGGAACAAGGAGCGCAAAUACGUCAACGCCAUUUCCAACGAGCUCUAUCUAUCCGUCGCGGCAUUCCUGGCUCGCCGGGCGCCGCAAAACGAAACCUACCUGCGCACAGCAAUCGACCAGUGGAAAUGGUUCGAGAAGAGCGGCCUGAUCAAUUCCAAGGACCUGAUAAACGAUGGUCUGGACUCGAAAUGCAACAACAACGGCCUGCAAACCUGGAGCUACAACCAGGGCGUUGUUCUCGGAGGGCUCGCAGAACUCUUUCGACUAACGGGGGAGGGCGCAUACCUCGAAAAAGCGGUCCGCAUUGCCAAAGCUGCCAUCAAAGCCCUCUCGAACCCUCAGGGAAUCCUCGAGGAGACGGACAAGUGCGAGCUGCGCGGUGGCCACUGCGGCAAGGAUGGCCAACAGUUCAAGGGCAUCUUUGUUCGCAACCUGAGAUACCUGAACCAGGUGGCUCCUCACAGGGAGUUUGAGCAAUUCAUCCUGCGCAAUGCCGAUUCCAUCCUGGCAAAGGACCGGAACGACCGCAACCAGCUCGGGGUGGCCUGGACGGGGCCGUAUGUUGAUGCCACAGGUCCGACGCAGAGCAGUGCGUUGGAUGUCUUGGUUGCUGCCAUUGAAUUUUCAUCAAGAAGAUGA